CCCAACGCACAGACGGAGUAAGAGGCCCAGCCUUGGAGUCGGUUGCUAUGGUAGCAGCUCCUCCCCAUUGUCGCCCGGCGCCAUGUUGGAUGCCCGCCAGGGCCAAUGGGAAAGCAGAGGCGCUGAUUCCGAAGGGGAAAGGAGGGCGGGGCGGGAGAGGGGGAGCCCUGCCCAGUAAGAGCCCGCGGGACGGGAGGCCCCAGCGGGAAGAUCUGUUGUGGAACGCGCGGGCUGAAGACGCGCCUUAGCAGCUGCCGGAGCGAUGUUCGGGGGGUUGACCAGGAUCUUCGAAGACGACCCCUUCUUUCGGGAUCCCUUUGCUGCACAUAAUGAACAUAUGCGUCAUUUCUUUUCUGAUGCCUUUGGACGAGAUCAGUUUCCUGCUCUUAAAGAUGGCAGAGAAGGAACUCUAAAUCAAAGAGGAUGCCCUGAUUCUCGGGUUGCUUUGAGGGACAAUCACAAGGCGAUGAACUGUUCCCUUAUGCCUUUUGGCAGUUUUGGUGGCAUGGCAACAAGUCUUCCACUAAUGCCUUUUGGCAGUUUUGGUGGCAUGGCCAUGAGUUUUCCUCUUAUGCCUUUUGGCUGUUUUGGUGGCAUGAACAUGGACUUUAGGGAUCCUUUCUCUGCAAUGGAUAGAAUGAUGUCAAACAUGAGGAACAGUAUGGUGGAUCUGCAAAGAAACUUUGAUAAAAUGGCACUUGAUCCAAAUGCACACUCAUUCAGUUCUUCCUCAGUGAUGACCUAUUCGAAGAAGGGUGAUGAACCUCCAAAGGUUUUCCAGGCUUCCGCUCAGACACGCAUGGCACCAGGAGGGAUUAAAGAAACCAGAAAAGCACUUAAAGAUACCGAAAGUGGGUUGGAGAAAAUGGCUAUUGGUCAUCACAUUCAGGAUCGUGCUCAUGUCAUUCGAAAGGCAAAAAAUAACAAGACUGGUGACGAAGAACUGAAUCAAGAAUUUGUCAAUUUAGAUGAAGCUGAAGCUCAUACAUUUGAUGAAGAAUGGCAGAAGGAGAUUCUCAGGUUCAAACCCUCUGGAGUGAGAAACAACAUAGAUGCUCCACGACACAGAAGCAUCCAUCAUGUAAGCAAGGAAGAUGCACCAAGGAGGGAGAAAACGCACCCAAGAACAGCCAUUGAGGGACGCAGGAGGCCUACAUCUUCUGUGGAGAAGCUCAAUAUCAAGGGAUCACAUGUUCCUCUCAAAACCAGCAAAAAAUAAAUGGCUGUGCUGCUUUCAAUAUUAAUCUGGCUGUGUCUGGGGAGGACGCAGUGAUUCUGGAUCAAUGAAUAAGACCAAGCUCUCUGUCUAGCAGUAGUAAAUUUUGCCCUUUGACUACUGAAUGUUUGUGAAAGCUCCAACUCGUUGGUAACAUUUGGUUUUGAGCAGUACAAGAAAAGCAUUGAUACUGAAAAGCACUUUAUAGAUUUCUUUUUUUUUUAGUAUGGAGUAGAAUGUUAAAGUACAUAGCUUCUAUUCAUACCAAAUGCUUUAGCAAACAUGGAGAUGAAACUGUAUCAUUGCAACUACAUGUGCACUUAUUCAGACUACAGUUAAUAAACUGCUGUUUGUUAGCUCAAGCAAUAUUGGUGUGGUUUUGGUGAAGAGUCUAGAGCAUUGUAAAGAAGUAUCUGUAGCUUUAAAGCGAUAGUUUACUGAGAAGCAUUUGUACCACACUUUUAUUAUACAGUCAGUAUUGAUAACUUAGUCUGGCAGGGGAGGCAUCAAAUUGCAUAAAUACAAAUGAAUUUUGUCACCACGUCCUCCAUUUUGCAUAUAUUUUAAAACAGCCACCUCUCCUAAAUUGUUAAUCAUUCUCUUUCCUUGGAAGAUAUCCCCCUCUUUCAUCUGUGCCAUACAACUUGCUACGAUUAAACAGCAUGUUGCUACCCACUUUCCAAUAGCAAUAAACACUAUCUUAUCAUUAUCUUAAUGUUGUUCUAGCAGAUUGGCAUAGGGAACCAUACCAGUGAGGAACCCAGAAAUACAAUUUGUAAUCUUUGUAAAGGAAAGAUUUUCUAUUUCCCUUAUUUGAAACUGAAAACUCAUUCACUAGAACAAACUUCAUCCAGAUUUCAUGUUGCAUCUGAAGGCUAUUCAGAGUAAGUUGCAAACACAAAAAUCUAACAUGUCAAGAAUCUCGACUGCACGUAAGAGCUCCAAAAGUGAGUUUUAAUUGUAAUAGGAGUUUUAAUUGUAAUAGUAUAACUCCUUUUUGUUUCUGUGAACCAUAAUUACUUUAAUAUUUAUUAACGUGUCCCUCUUAGAUUUUUCUAAGAUCUGUAAUAGUCUUCCAUGGAAUAUAAAUUUUGGUUUUGCUCUGUUUAUAAUAAAAUAGGCUUCCUUUUGCUACUUAAAGGUUAUAGUUCCAUAUGCUCUAGUGUUAAAAUGACUUUAACAUGUACACAAAGUUGCAACUUUCAUGAAUAAAAAUAGCAAUUAUUACUUGGAAAA